AUGGCGUCGAGGAUGGCGAGGCUCGCGGCCCUGCGCGGCAGGGCGGCCGGCAGGGAGGACCGCGCCGCCGUGCGCAUCCAGGCAUUCUACAGAGGUUACUUGGCUAGGAGAGCCCUGCGCGCGCUGCGCGGGCUGGUGCGUUUGCAGGCGCUGGUGCGCGGCCACCAGGUGCGUCGCCAGGUCCGCCAGACCAUGCGCUCCAUGCAGGCGCUCGUCCGCGCGCAGGACCGCGUCCGCGCCCGCCGGCUCACCUCCCACGUCGACGCGCGCGGCCGACCUGCCGCCGUCCCAUCGCACGGCGGUGGUCGGCACUCCUACGGGCACGACCGCCUCUUCUUCGACGACGAACAGGGCGAGGAAGCAGCAUGGGCAACUUGA